GGUGGUGAAUGAGUACAUCAAAAAAGAACUACCAGUAAUAAUAGGACAUUGAAAAAAUACAGUAGACAUAAAGAGAUUGGGGUGGCAUUAGAAGGGGCAAAGAUUGUCCAAAGAGAGGAGACAGGACACAUUAAAAUUAUUAAAGUGAAUUAAACUGGAGUGAGUAAAGAAGUUAAUGGAAGAUUAUGGAAUUGAGUGUGUGAUUUCAAAUAAAAUAGAGAGGUUUGUUGGGUAAAAUUAGGAGAGUGUGUGGCAGGGUAAUAUCACCAGGAUAAUAACAUUGGUUACGAGGAGAACAGAAGGCAGAUUGCUGACACUUGGCCAUUAUGACGACGCAAAGUUUCAAAAACAGCAAACAAGAAUUUAACUUUGGACCAUGGAAGCUCACUGCCAACAAAAGUCAUAUUAUGAAAUCAAAGGAUAUUGAGAAGUUAGCGGAGGAAAUGAAGAUGCAUUCCCUUCCAGAGAUGUUGUUUGGUGAUAAUGUUUUAAGGGUUCAACAUGCUGGUGGAUUCGGCAUUGUAUUUAAUGCAACAGAUGCCUUAAGGACAGUGGAUAAUGGACAUGGUACAGUUAAAGUAGCAUGUGCAGAGGCUUGGCAGGAGAGCAGGGCGGAUUCUGAACACUCAAAGGUUGUUAAACCUUAUGACUGGACAUUUACCACACACUAUAAAGGAACAUUAUUUGGUGAUAAUUUAAAGCUAAAGGUCACUCCCACAACUGAACGCAUUGAUUUGGAGAAGUUGAAAACAAGAGAGCAAAUCAUGUAUUUUGAAGAAGUUCUGUUGUUUGAAGAUGAACUUCAUGAUCAUGGUGUUUCUAUGCUGAGUGUAAAAGUGAGAGUGAUGCCAUCUAGUUUCUUUGUUCUGUUGAGAUUUUUCUUGAGAGUUGAUGGUGUACUCAUUCGAACAAAUGACACAAGAGUUUAUCAUGAGGCUGACAAAAACUACCUUCUUUCUGAGUACAGCACCCGGGAAAGUUAUGUAUCGGCUCUUCAGAAUGUUCCACAAUAUCUUUUCACUGAUCCAAAUGAGAUCUCGCAGUAUUUACCUCUAAAGCAACUGAUCUGCGAGAAAUUAGAAUUCCCCGAAGGUGUGGACAACAAUACCGUAUUUGGAAAUACACAGAUCUGUGUUAAUUCUGACGUAGCUGACAGAGAAUCAAAACAAACGUGAUAUUCUGCUAUGGGAAGCCGAAAAAGUUUUUAAUUGAUAGACCAGCGUAAUCCUUAAGUAACUGUCAAUAUACUGGAAAACUACUGCAGUAAAUUAUGUCUUGUAAAAAGCAGCAGGUAACGAUUUAACAGUUGUAAAACAGAAUUUAUCAAAGGCAGAAUUUAUUAACUGGGUUGAUUGGCAAUUCAGGCUUGUUACAAUUGAAGCCAAAGUACAACCAGUAGUGCAGCUUUUGUCUGAUUUUGAUGUGCUGCCUUACUGUUGCUUCUAAUUUUUUGCCAGUGAAAUCUUGAAUAAAUUUGAACUCUGAAAGGAUGAAUGAAAUUUAUAACUGGUCAUUGUAAUUAAGGAGAAAGUUUGUAGAUAUACAAAAGAUAGACUUAAACUGCACCAUUAUGUUUUGGUAACACUGGAAUAUGCAGAGUGCUAUGCCACAUUUGUUCUUGUCUCAGAUUGUAGUAAGUUACACUAUUUGCCCACACAAAUCAAUAUAACGCAGUCAUUCGUAGCAAGUUACAUUUGUGCAGUUUUGUAAUGAUAACUAGCCAUUAUAAACCAAUAAUGGAUCUCUCUAAAACUGUGUAAUUUAAAUAAAGAUUGAUUUCUAAAUAGUUCAUUCUUGAAGUGACCUGAAGUUGUUUGACUUGAAAACGUGAUUAAUUGUGCAGAUUUUUUUUGCAUGAGCCCAAUUAAUAUAUUAAUGGAAGUAAACCACCAGUUCAUCCCAGCAUUUCGGAUGCAUUGGGUUAACCAAAGGUAAUACAAUAUGACAAAAAAACAACUGUGAAUAAUUACAUAUUAGGCCAUUUGGCCCAUGAACUCUGCAAAAAUAAAAGUAAGUUAAUUCCA